UUUCUCGAGCUCCGAAACGUGUAGAACUGAUUCUCACCCAUUUCAUCCUCCUCACCUGAACGCACGUGCAAUGGUUGAUUCCGUCAACAUUUAUUUAUUCCAUUAAAUAAAAAGUCAGUUACGGACACAGUGAAUCAAAAUGCCGGUUCUAAUAUCCAGCCAUAAAGUACUAUUGCUAACUGUGACUUUGUAUCUUUUCGAAUAUGGAUUGUGUUUUAAUUUAGAGACUCGUUUGCCGGUCAUCAAAGAGGGACCUCUAGGAUCUUAUUUUGGAUAUUCAGUUGCUCAACACCAAAUUAUUCAAGAGAAUGGUGAAAGGACAAGUGUGCUUGUAAUUGGAGCUCCUAAAGCAAGGAGUGGUUCUUAUAACAGUUCUGGUGCUGUUUUUAGCUGUCCCCUGUCUACUUUCAGAGAUUAUAUUGUAGAUUGUAAACAACUACCAAUAGAUCAAAAUACAGAAUUUAAUAGUCUUAAUAGUAGAGCAAUAAAAGACGACCAAUGGCUGGGUGUCACAGUUUCAAGUGGAGGACCAGGAGGCUAUGUGAUGGCUUGUGCUCAUCGUUACAUUUUAGCGGGGGAUGAUUAUCAAUGGGGUCAGGGCAUUUGCUAUUCACUCAAACAGAACUUGAGAGAUUUUGGUAGAACAUGGCAACCGUGUCAAAACCGACCCGUCAACAAGGCACAUGAACAGUAUGGAUAUUGCCAAGCGGGAACAAGUGGUUUGAUAACUGAGGACAAUACUAUUGUUAUUGGCACACCUGGCCCUUUUACAUGGAGGGGCACAAUUUUUACAAAUACUGUAUCAUUUAAAAUAAAAGAUGACAAGAGAUGGUAUUUUGGACCUCUUUUAGAAGAAACUUCACCUGUAGAUAAAUACAGCUAUUUAGGCAUGUCUGUAACAUCCGGUGUGUUUUUCAAUGGAGCACGAAGUUUUGUAGGAGGCGCCCCAAGAUCGAAUGGAACUGGACAGGUUGUGUUUUUUGCAAAAAAUAAGCCUGAUGUAACUUUUGUAGUGCAACUGAUAUUAAAUGGAGAAAAAUUUGCUUCUUCCUUUGGUUAUUCCCUUACCUCCAUUGAUAUUAAUAGCGAUGGAUUUCUGGAUCUUGUUGUAGGGGCUCCCUUUUAUUUUGACAAAGGCAAGGGUGGUGCAAUUUAUAUUUAUAUGAAUUCUGCUAAGGGUAUUAGUGAAAAUACAGAGCCUAUUAAAAUCACUGGGAAGUCAGAAUCUCGAUUUGGCUUUGCUGUUGAGAAUGCUGGUGACUUAAAUCAAGAUGGAUUUCCAGAUCUUGCUGUUGGGGCACCUUAUGAGGAAGGUGGUGGGGCUGUAUACAUAUAUUCAGGAUCAGAAGAAGGUCUUGUACUUACGCCCUCUCAAGUUAUACAACCAGAAAACAUCAAUAAGGCAAGUAAUUUAGUAACUUUUGGUUACUCUCUGAAUGGAAGAAUGGAUAUGGAUGGCAAUGGAUAUCCUGAUCUGUUGGUUGGAUGUUAUGAAAGCAACUCUGUUGUUUUGUUAAGAUCACGUCCUGUGUUGGAUAUUGCUACUUCAGUUAAAGGUCAAUUGUCAAGCAUUGAUCCUGACAAAAAAGGAUGUGAAAAAGAUAGAAAUGCUCCUGGUGUUUGCUUCUCCUUUGAGGCAUGCUUUCAGUUCAAUUCUACCUCACUAUCAACAUUUGAUGCUCUAAAACUGAAAUACAAAAUUGAAGCUGAAACUUUCACUGGAAGAAAGUAUUAUAGAGUUCGCUUUAAAUCUUCUUUGGACAGUGACACACCAAAUAUAGUUGAGAAAGAAGUUACAAUGAAGGGCAGCUCUUUCAAUAGAAAACAUUGUUCUGAAGAAGUUGUGUAUUUAAAAGAUAAGAGUGAUAUACAAAAUCCUGUCCAGUUUAAACUGACCUAUUCACUUAUCCAAAAAGAUCCAAUUCAGCCAAUACCAGGUGAUGUACUGCCAGAUGUAAAUGUGUAUCCAAUUCUGAAUCAAAAAGAAGCUUCAAGAAUCUUUGAGGCAAAAUUCUUAAAAGAUUGUGGAGUCAAUGAUAUUUGUGAAAGUGCCUUAGAUGUUGUUGUUGACAUCAAUUUAAAAAGAGACGAACAAGGCAAACCUAUUUUGUAUUUGGGUGAAAAACAGUUAGCUUUAUCUGUAAAAGUUACUAAUUCCAAAGAGCCUGCUUAUGAUGCUAUGUUGUAUGUGUUCCAUCCUGUCAGCCUAAGCUAUGUGGGAAAGAGAGUUGUGAAAGGUGAUCAAAUUGAAUGUGUUCCUUUCAAUUCAACAGUUACAAAAUGUGAACUUGGAAACCCUUUGAAAGCUAGUGAGGUUGAACUGCUUAUCAGGUUUAAUCCCAAAGAUGUUGCUGCGGAUGAAAGAAGUCUUAAGAUGAGUGUUAAAGUAAAUACUACAAGUGUAGACGAAAAUGCUGAAACUCGAGAUGAUACUGUAAUUGAAGCAAGUAUUGUUAAGUUAGCCGAACUUGAAAUCAGAGGAGCAUCUCAACCUGAACAAGCAUUUUAUGGUGGUGAUUCAAGUAAAGUUCCUGUAUAUGUUGAUGAUGUUGGCAAUGAAGUUGUCCACAUUUAUGAGAUUAUUAAUCAUGGGCCGUGGUUGGCCACGGGUGUUGAAGUGGUUGUGUCUUGGCCAUAUGAAGCUAUUGGAACAUAUGAACAUGGAAAAUGGUUGCUAUAUAUUGUUGAAAAUCCAGAGAUUAUUGGCAAUGGUUAUUGUGAAUUAGAUCCUGCUCAGUUAAAUCCAUUAAAACUUCAAAGGCAUCCUGAAGAAUUGCGUUUAGCUUCAGCCAGUUCUUAUCGCAAAAGAAUAAAACGAGGAGUAGAACCUCAAGAAUUAAGAAUGGAAGGCAAAAUUGUAAAAGUUGUCAAUUUGGAUUGUGAGAAAGGUACUGCAAAGUGCUUUCAGUUUGAGUGUUACUUCCGAAGUAUAGAAAGAGGCAGUACAGCCAUUGUGAGGAUUAAGGCUAGACUUUGGAAUAGUACCUUUGUUGCGGAUUAUCCAUCUGUGGACUGGGUGACAGUCAGUUCUAAAGCUCACAUUCGAGGCAUUUCAGAGGAUAUUCGACAAACAGAUGAGGCAAAUGAUUAUGCUUCAGCUGAAACAAAAGCAUAUCCGGAUAUCGCUUUGUAUCAGAAAACUGAGGAAGUAGCUUUAUGGAUCAUCAUACUUGCUGCUUGUGCUGGAAUUCUUUUACUUAUUAUACUCAUUAUCAUUUUGUGGAAGUGUGGAUUUUUCAAGAGGAAAAAGCCUGGUUAUGAGCCAGCACCUACACAUGAAAAAGAAUACAUGUAAAGAGCUUUACAUCAGUAUGGGUGAAAACACAACAACAAUGGUUGUGUGUCUUUUCAACAAAUUUGCUAUGCAAUUAAAAAGGCAGCUAUUCUUUAUAGAAGUUUAUACUUCAACAAACUGGACAAAAAUAUUUGUUGUAUACCAUGUGCUGCUAAUAUGGAACUUCAACUUAAAUGAGGAAUUUUAAUAACCUGCCAUAUUGUGAAUGAUGUUAGCAUUUUACUUGCUGUGAUGAACAUUAACUUUUUAUAAGUUGUCGAGGAAAUGUCAUUUUAUUCCUGGGCUUUUUGUGAAGCCAAUAAAUCCACAGAGAAUAAGAAAAUGUGAUAUAUAUGAAGUACUGCCAACUCAAAACUGUUCGAUAGCCCACUUUAUAUUUCUCUCUUGAAGGAUUGUAGCUGUACUGAGUUUUUUUUUUUAAUCACAAAAUGACUGAGUGCUUUUUUAAUAGUUUUACUUUGUGCUUUUGUGUCUUGAAGUUAACUCGGUCUUUUUAGCCAUGUUUUAUGAGUUUUGUUUUAUUAAAUACUUUUUAAGUUUCAUGUUUUGUUAUGUAUUACAUGUUUAAAAUAUUUUGAACAUUUAACUAAUUCUUUUAAAACACAAAAUAUCCAAAUUAAUUUUGUUAAUAUUUUACUUUCUUAUAUUCUGAAUAUGAAUGAAUGAAUGAAUGAUUAAAUAUCUUAAGCAGUGGAAGCUUCGGUGAAGAAUUUAUUCACCAGUGAAGUUUUAUUGAAAUUUUUUGGAUAUUUAUAUAUAUGAAUCACAACACUGAAUGUUUUUUGAAGAGAACAAAAUCUAUAUCAGAUAAAUUCUCAGAAAGGUAUAUUAAUGCUUUAAUUUUCUUGUAUUGUCCCAGCAAUUUCAUUGUUGUAAUGUUUAUAAUUUAAUAAUUGUUUCUUAUCUCCUGUAAUUUCCAAAUUUUGAAUGUAAUUUUUUUUAAUGAGAAACAUACUUAAUUAUGAAUUGUAAUUUACUAUACAGUAACUGAAAUAAAUCUGCGGAAGUUUAAUAUAAUACAGAAGAAUUUUAAUUAUUUUGAUAUAUUGCUUAACUAAAUUUUUUUGAAACAGUUUUUACAUAUGUGAUAUUUUAAAGAUUUUUUGAGCUAAUUUUUUUAAACAUUUAAAAUGUUGAUUAAAAAAAUAAGAUUUCCAAAACAUUCAAAUUAAAAAGGUAUACUUUGUUAAACUGUUAGUAUUAUAUAAUAUUUUAACUCUCAUUCUAAAAAGAGAAGAAUGCAUGACUUAAUCAGGCUUGAAAAAAAAUAUCCGUGAUUUCAGAAUGACUUAUUUUAACAAGCAUUUUAUUUCACACACAGCACAGCUGUUCUGAUGCAUUUAUUUUAUAUUCAAAAUGAUAUAUGAUAUUUUGCUGAUAAAAACAAUUUCAUUGCUAUUUAUAAGUUUGAUUGUAUUUCUUUGAUGUCCAUAAUGCUAUUAAUUCUUGCUGGUAAAAGAAAAUCACUAUUUUCAAUUAUAAUUGCUAUUUAAUAUUCAUAAUAUGUUAAUUUUUAGAGACAUGAGUUACACAGCUUUGAAUAUACAUUUACUUUUUCGAACAAUUAUUUUUGAAAUCAAAAUAUACUCUCUUUGAUGCGAGUAUGAAACAAUCAACUCCUUCAUAUACGUAUUCUAUCACAUAUCUCUGUCCCUGUAUGAUGUUUUCUAAUACAAUAAUACUUUAAUUAAAAACAGAUAUUUGUAAAUAGAAUGCCAUUCUGUGCCUUAUAUUGUAGAUAGUAUUGUAACUCGUAAAGAGCAUAUUUUAUUUUUCUUGUAAUUAAUCAACUUUUUUGUAUUUGUAACAAACAGAAAGUGAAAUAUGUUCAAGAAAUUAUAGGUAUAGAUAAACUUUUUUUUUCAGUAUACUAUUUUUAGUUCUUGGAAAUAAUGAAAACUUGUAUUCAAGUAUAUUAACACUAUAAAU